AGGGCUAUCCCCCCUAUCAACGUUUGUUGUCGUUCGCUAUCCCACCCUUCGCUCGAGAACGGCAAACCUCUAUCCCCCGGUGGUGACGAGUUCGCCCUAUCAAAACCCCAACAAGUUCGACCUUUCGACCUUUCGACCUUUCGAUCCGGUAAAUCAAGCUUGCCAGCAACUUGUCCCGGAGGACUGGAAAGAAUCACAGAAACCUCCUAGCUUCGACCUACAUUUUCGCUCAUCGUCCCCUUUUCCAAUCCAGCAACUCCCCCCUUCGUUCUUGCUUUCUCUUCGGAUCCUUCGUUCUUGUGUCAUCUCUCGGACGUCAACGACAGAUUCUUCACUUGUCCGCCCAUCUGCUGUGGACAUCUCUUCCCAGUUACACAGGCUGUGCUAUCUUCGGGCUGGGUUCCUUGAGUAGAGCAGAUCCAGUACACGUUUGGUUUGCCCCUUAUCUGGCAUCGAUUUCUCAGCAUGGCUGAGUUAAUGGGUUUCAUAAUACCAAACUUGGACUUUUUAUGGUCCACCAAAUCCUGGUUUUAUUUCCAUAUUGUUAUAUGGCUUCAUCGUUAUGUGCGCCUUCUAGUCCACUGUGUCAGCCACUGGACCUACAAGUCCGUGCAGCCGAAAAAGGACCCAAAGUUCACCUCGGCAGAUGUCACUGUCGUUAUUCCCACAAUCCACAAUCAAUUCGAGGAACUGCGAACCUCGCUUGAAAGCAUCCUAGCAUGCAAGCCCGCCAAGCUCAUACUCGUAACCACGUGGAACAAGUAUGAGGCGCUCGAAGCAAUGGCGGCCACGCUGAGGAAGCCAGCGUGCGAUCACCCCAUCAAGAUCGAAGUCCUUCAUGUGGACAAGGCAAACAAAAGACUGCAGGUGUGCAAGGCGUUGGAGGAUAACCAUGUCGAAACCAAAAUCACGGUCAUGGCUGACGAUGAUGUCGAAUGGCCAUCGACACUGAUGCCGUGGCUCCUUGCCCCAUUUGAGGACGAUAAAAUCGGCGGAGUCGGUACCUGCCAGCGGGUGAAGCGCAUCGAUGGAGACCUCACAACCCGCAUCUACAACUGGCUUGGGGCGGCGUAUAUUGAGCGCCGCAAUUUUGAAAUCUCAGCCACCCACAACAUCGACGGCGGUACUUCUUGCAUGUCUGGACGCACCGGUGCCUACCGCUCGGACAUCCUCAAGGGCUACCCGUUCCUUAGUGGCUUCAAGAGCGAGAAAUGGGGCAAGUACAUCCUCAACGCUGAUGACGACAACUAUGUCACUCGCUGGUUGGUCGCGCACCAGUGGAAGACCUGGAUCCAGUAUGAUCCCGAGUGCGAGAUCGAGACGACGUUGGAAACCAGCGUCAAGUUCCUGUAUCAGUGUUCCCGCUGGGCGAGAAGCAACUGGAGAAGCAACUGGACCAGUCUUGUGCACGAGAGAUACGUGCUUACUCAACAACCAUGGUGCACUUACGCUCUCCACAUCGCAACCUUUACGUCCUUGGCCUUUGUUGUCGACCCGCUCCUGCUCUUCUCAUGCUGGCGGGCCACUGAGGGCUGGGAUGUCAACGACCGGUACACUCUUUUGGCGGCCGAGAUCAUCUUCAUGUUUGGCUUCACCAAGGUCGUCAAGCUGGUUGGACUCUUCCGCAAGAACCCACAAGACCUUAUCUAUUUGCCUGUUUCGAUUCUCUUUGGAUAUUUCCAUGGCCUCAUCAAGUUAUACGCUCUUUUUACACUUAAACAUACUUCAUGGGGAAGCCGCGCCGAUGGUGAUGAGCACAAUACGUUCCGUCUGCAAGAGAAGCCUCCUCGCAGUCAGACCAUGUUGACACCAUCCGGACCAGGCUUGGAUCACUUGUCUGAGAAGCCUUCAAAGGGUUCUCGAAAGACCGGCGGUGUCACGCAGAGUCGACGCCUGACUACCACCGGCACAUCAGUUUCGCACAACAACUGCGAACACGCCAACGGCGGAUGUACGGUUGCACCCACGGACCUUUCACACUCGUCUUUGCAAGAUGGGGGGACUUGGUCGGGCGGCAAUUGAGUCGCCUGGCAGAUUUAUGCAGAUUACGAAUUCAAUGACUGAAUGACGAAACUGAAUUUCGUGUCUUCUCUGUCAAGCCGUCGGGAUAGGGGCGGGGUGGAAGUUGUGGAGGGCAAUACUUCUGGCAGAACAAGAUGCAUUGGCCAGCCCCUGUCCAGCGGU